AUGACACCCUCCAAUCGUCCCAAGCGACUGCGCCCCAUCCGCCAACGAGGUCGCGCCUUCUACCUGACUGCGCUCAUAAUCACUCUCUUUGCUUGUUAUAGCUUCGUACGAGACUUUAAUCAUGGCCAUUCUCCCCAUGGCCAGAGGCUCGAUGCCCGCUCUCUGGCAUCACGCGACCUCGAGUGUCGACUUGUCCAGAGCGCCAAAGACAAAUGUGUGUUUGUCAAGGAAAACUGUCCUGAUGAAGAAGCCGGCCUCCUCUCCUACCUCCAGCUCUAUUACUGCUCCCUCCCUGAUGCCCAAGCCCUCGCGUUCCUAUUCCUCGUGCUCUGGGUCAGUCUCCUCUUCAGCACGAUCGGCAUUGCUGCCUCGGAUUUCCUCUGUGUCAACCUGAGUACUAUUGCGAACAUACUGGGGAUGAGCGAAAGUUUGACCGGUGUCACUUUCCUGGCUUUUGGAAACGGCAGUCCCGACGUCUUUUCCACUUUUGCGGCCAUGCGCAGUAAUAGUGGCAGCUUGGCCGUGGGGGAAUUGGUAGGUGCAGCCAGCUUUAUCACUGCAGUGGUCGCAGGGAGUAUGGCCUUGGUUGCGCCUUUUCAAGUCGCCAAGAAGAGCUUCAUUCGGGACGUGGGAUUCUUCGCUGUGUCGGCGAGUUUCAGUCUGGUAUUCCUAGCGGAUGGGAGCCUCCGACUUUGGGAGUCCAUUACCAUGAUUGCCUAUUACGUUUUCUAUGUGUUCUUUGUGGUGGUCUGGCAUUGGUGGCUCACCCGACGACGGAAGAGGAGGCUCGCUGAGACUGCGGCGAGAUUGCAUCACCACAUUCCAGAGUCGCAGGAGCUGGAAGUGCCUGAAAUCGAGGAGGACGAAGAAGCACGCCCUGCUACCGAGCGAACUGGCCUGUUACGCGAGCCGUCAACCGAAACCAUCCCGACAUUACGGACACCCGGCACUCCAGCCUGGAAGGUUGAAGACCUCGACGAGGACGACGAAGCGCGAGACCGAUACCUUGCUGAAUUGCAAAGCAGGAUGAGAGUCGGCCGCCCAGCUCGAGGCGAGCGGAGGAAUACAAUGACUCCCAUUCGGCCGAGCUUGAUAGGUGCACUGGAAUUUAGAUCUCUCAUGACUUCGCUGGAGAAGAAGGCCACCCACGCCCACCAACCUAUUGGCCUCCGGAGAUACUCUGACGACGCAUCAGCCGUCUACUCUCCCGUUCCCGUCAGUGCGCCGCCUGGUGCUUCUCAGCCGGAGCUGGCUAGCACACAAUAUGCAGAUUUAGAGGCUGAGAGUCCGCGUCGUGCGCGAGCCGUGUCUGCGAAUGACGCCACUCAUCUGCGCAUUGAUACGGACUUUCUCAGUGACAGACAUUCUGAUCGAACCUCGGAGAAUGCCCUCAGCAGUGGCGAUUCGACGCCGAAUGCAUCCGCUGGGAAACGUACGAGGCCGAGUGCCCCUAUUCUGAGAACACUCAACGAACCAUCCGCUCAAAGACCACCUUCUCCCAAGCUUAUCGUGUCUCCGUCAGGGGGCCAACCAUCAGAGACAGGAUCCCUCUCUUCGGAACGCUCCAAGUCACCCAAUCUUCUAGCGCCGCCCGCAACGACCUUCCGCCGACCGGAUUACUACGAGGACCAUCAUCCUGCUGGUCGAAGUCCGGUGUUGUCACCUCGUUCCGGACCGACACUGCAAGUACCAAUCCUGCAUACUCCACACCCAGACCAUUCAAAAGGAGCACUGCGCCACGAGGAUUUCCCACCAUACGUGGAUUCUCCGUUGCUUCUCACUCCCCUCUCUUCUCGGCCUCCAAGCAUUCACCUGCCUGCACCUAGUAUGUCUCCAGAGUCCAGUCAACAUCUAGGGCUGCUACCGGACGAAGAGGAACCCAUGCGGAGAUUUACAUGGUGGCCUUACCGAUACCUUCCUGCUCCUCAAGUCAUAUGUGCGACAUUAUUUCCCACCAUUUAUGGGUGGCGGGAGAAGUCGUUCACUGAUAAGGUAUUAGGGGUGGUCACCGCACCCAGUGUCUUUCUGCUUGCCAUCACACUCCCAGUCGUCGAGCCUAAGGAAGAAAAGCCGGCGGAAUCAGAUAUCGACCUGCUGACCCCAGCUGAUGGCAUUCGCCGCAGGUCUAUGAGCUACAUCGAGGCCGCACCAGAUGGGUCUGCUUUGAAUCCGCGGUCAGCAUCUUCUGACGGUCCACCCCAUCCGCACGGAACCGGAAUCUCCAGAUCAAUGUCGGAGCAUGCCAAAAGUCCUCAUUCAAACGUGGAUGAGUUGGCUGGCCCAAAGGAAUGGAACAGAUGGUUGGUGUUUUUGCAAGUCUUUACGGCUCCGUUCUUUGUCGUAACCAUUGCUUGGGCCAACAUGGAUGACGAUCAUACACCUAAGCUUUAUGUUCGUAUGGUGUUGGGAUCACUGGUAUUUUCACUCGUAUCGCUUCUUAUCCUCCUGUCUCUGACCACUCCCGAUCGCGAGCCCAAAUAUCGACCGCUACUCUGCUUCUUGGGGUUUGCUGUGGCCAUAGGAUGGAUCUCAACCAUCGCCAAUGAAGUGGUCGGAGUCCUCAAAGCUUUCGGGGUGAUCCUGGGCAUAUCGGAUGCUAUUCUGGGUUUGACCAUAUUUGCUGUGGGCAACUCCUGUGGUGACUUAGUCGCAGACAUCACCGUUGCCAAACUUGGAUUCCCUGUCAUGGCAUUGUCAGCGUGCUUUGGCGGUCCCAUGUUGAAUAUUUUGCUUGGAAUUGGCAUUGGAGGGAUGUACAUGAGCAUCACCCACGCCACUCGCAAGCACGCCAAACACCCCCAGAAACCAAUCAAAUACAAACCCUACGACAUCGACGUGAGCACGACGUUAAUGAUAUCGGGAAUCACCCUGUUGGUGACGCUGGUGGGUUUGCUCAUCGUGGUGCCAUUAAACGGAUGGAGAAUGGAUCGCAGAAUCGGAUUUGGAUUGAUCUUGCUGUGGUCGGUGUCGACCGUAGGCAAUGUGAUUGUGGAAUUGCUUGGAUAUGGGGGAGACACUGUAUUGUGA